UAUUGCUCUCUCUUCGUCUUCUUCUUCCCAUUUACUCUGUAAUCCUCAAUCACUUAUAUCUCAAUCUAAAUGCAGCUACCUCUCUUUCAAUUCUCUGUCUUAGCUCCCAUUUCGCUAUGAAGUUCUCUCGGCUACUCCAACGACUUCUUCUGUCGGUUCUCUUCUUCAUAUAAGCCCUUUUGCGCGUUUGGCGUGUUAUGUUAAAAGAUUAUAAUUUUGAAUUUCAAGAGCUGAAAAGGUAAGUAGUAGCAUUGUUUACAAAAGAGAUGACUUUGGGAGGUUGGAGUCAGAGAUUUAUCCAAGCAGCAACUUCUUCUGAAUCUGAGGAUUCUGCUUUGGAUUUAGAGAGAAAUCAUCAUCACUGCAAUCACUUGAGUCUUCCAUCAUCAUCUUCAAGUCCAUCUCCUCUUCAGCCAUUUACACUUAACAUCCAGCACGCUGAGAGCAAUGCUCCUUACUUCUCUUGGCCUACUCUCAGCCGGCUUAACGAUGCUGUGGAAGACCGAGCUAACUACUUUGGUAAUCUCCAGAAAGGGGUUUUACCUGAAGUUGUUGGCAGGUUGCCAUCAGGACAACAAGCUACCACCUUGCUUGAGCUCAUGACCAUUAGAGCGUUUCAUAGUAAAAUCCUGCGCCGGUUCAGCCUUGGUACUGCAGUUGGGUUUCGAAUUAGCCGUGGUGUUCUAACGAAUAUUCCAGCGAUACUUGUCUUUGUUGCUAGGAAAGUCCAUAGGCAAUGGUUAAGUCCAAUGCAGUGUCUUCCUUCUGCCCUCGAGGGUCCUGGAGGGGUAUGGUGCGAUGUCGAUGUUGUGGAAUUCCAAUAUUACGGUGCUCCUGCUGCAACACCUAAAGAACAGGUUUAUAAUGAACUUGUAGAUGGUUUGAGAGGAAGUGAUCCCUGCAUUGGCUCUGGUUCUCAGGUUGCAAGCCAAGAAACGUAUGGAACCUUGGGAGCUAUAGUGAAAAGCAGAACAGGUAACCAACAGGUUGGUUUCCUUACUAAUCGGCAUGUCGCAGUUGAUUUGGAUUAUCCAAGCCAAAAAAUGUUUCAUCCUUUACCUCCAAGCCUUGGACCGGGUGUCUACCUCGGUGCAGUUGAGAGAGCAACAUCGUUUAUCACAGAUGAUCAGUGGUACGGCAUAUUUGCUGGCACAAAUCCAGAAACAUUUGUGAGAGCGGACGGUGCCUUUAUUCCAUUUGCAGAAGAUUUCAACACGAGCAAUGUAACUACGGUGAUAAAAGGCAUUGGUGAGAUAGGAAAUGUGCACGUUAUAGAUUUGCAAUCCCCAAUUGAUAGCCUUAUUGGGAAACAAGUUGUCAAAGUUGGAAGAAGCUCUGGAUAUACCACCGGAACCAUAAUGGCUUAUGCUUUGGAAUACAACGACGAGAAAGGGAUCUGUUUCCUCACGGACUUUCUGGUCAUAGGCGAAAACCAGCAAACUUUUGACCUUGAAGGUGACAGCGGAAGCCUUAUACUCUUAACGGGUCCAAAUGGUCAGAAGCCACGACCAGUUGGGAUCAUUUGGGGUGGGACAGCCAACCGAGGAAGACUUAAACUAAUAGCCGGUCAAGAACCCGAGAACUGGACAAGUGGAGUGGAUCUUGGUCGCCUAUUGGAUCUCUUGGAGCUUGAUCUCAUCACAUCGAACCAUGAGCUUGAAGCAGCGGCCCGAGUACAGAGGAACACAUCGGUUACAGCCCUUGAAUCAACUGUUAGCCAGUCAUCCCCGCCCGACCCUGUUCCAUCAGGAGACAAACAAGAUGAGAGCUAUGAGCCAUUUAUUCCACCUGAGUUUCAUAUAGAAGAAGCUAUUAAGCCAGCACCUGAAAUAGAGGAACUUGUGUUCAUUGCUCCUAUAUCGGUUAACGAGUCCACUUCUGCCAUUAAAGGGCAAGAGAAACCCAAACUAGACGAUCUCGUCGAUUUAAAGAACAGUUCCGAAGAAGAGGUUAACGUAUCGUUGCAUCUAGGUGAGCCCAAACUAAAGAAACCAAAGUUUUCUUAGCUAAAACCGGUUUAGUUUGGUUUAAUGGCGACUUGAGUAAAUCGCCAAAAUUUUAUGUCGUAAUUGUGCAUAGUAUUAUUAUUCUUUGCGGACGAAAGAUGUAGCGGGACCAAGUAAUGUAGCAAAAUUGUAUAACCUUAAAUAUUUAUGAAAUUUAAAGAAAGGUAUUAAACA